GUACGUUGUACACGGACGCGUGUGUCUAUAUACGCAGCGGAUACGUCGCGCGCGUGUUAAGUACUUAAGUGUGUGUAUGUGUGUGUAAUUCGAGCGCGCGCGUACCCUCACGCACACAAACGCGCUUCCGGAACGCCCCUUUUUAUGAAACGAUCGAACUUCUUUCCCGCGCGAUCUUACCCGGCGCGAAACGUCCCGCGCGCCGACGUCUCGUAAGAUCUCGUCUCUUUGAAACAUCACCUCGCGGCCCGCGACUCCUCCGUCCGUUUGCUCCAGUUUGCUCCUAGCUUCCACAUAUGUAUUUGCGAUCCUCGAACAGAUCCGAAAUCUCAGGACACUUAACAACUUCGUUGAAAUGUGGCUGAGAAGUGAGCGGAUUAGCAGGAGAUUGCGUGGCCGUUUAAGUUUGAGCGGUGUAACGGCGUCAAAGGCAACCGGUCACCGAGCGCAAGUCACUACAGCAAGAAAAGUACAACACAUUAGUAACAGUAGUCGAGUAAUAACGUCAAAUAAAUGCAGCCGAUUGAGUCAGUGGCGACGUAGAUCAUCCAGUUUUCUAAAAGAAGCUUGUAAAGAAAAUGUUUUACACUUUGCCAAAUCCACACCUAUCAGACGGGAAAGAGGACCUCGUAGAAGAAAAUGCAUAAAACGUUCGAUGGUUACGUCGACCCCUUUGCAUCGUGCUCCACCAAUAGACGCAGUUAUUUCCGCUAAAAACGCGUCGCCGUCUAAAGUUUCGGAGGAGUCCAAGGAAAACUGGAAUGGCGGAUCCACUUUGCCUCUCUGCUCGUCAGUAACAAACACGGAUUCGCGUAGUUUGAUGAUACCACCGAUACAUGACUUGAAAUCUUCCGUACCGAGUGUAUCUUCAUUGACGUGUCUAAUGCCUCCGGUAUCCUUAGGAUCACAAUCGGAUCUCACAUGCUUGCUUGACGAUGAAGGAAGCAAGAACAAUGAUACUACACUACCAUCAUCGUUACACUAUUCCUCCUUAUACGCGCAUGCCGAAACGUCAUCUGCGGAAUAUUACAGUUUGAUGCACUCAACGUCGAUAUACAACGUCCGUACCGCGUACAACACGUCCGACAAAUACUUUCCGAACGGAGGAAAGUAUUCGCUAAUCGAUAACAAUGAAAACCGCAGUGAUCUCCCAAAAGAUCAAUAUGCUAUUGAAACAGACCCAACAAAAUAUGAAACAACUGCUGGAUAUCCCAGUACAAAAUACAGUAUACCAGCAAGUAUGUACAAUAUAAAUCCUCAUCAUCCAUCCGAUACGAACGGCAAUCUUAGUGACAAAUAUGAUUCCGAGGACGUCGACAGUCGUUAUCACGAGGUUGAAUACAUGGAGGUGGGUAGCGAGGAGAUAGUAGAAUCUUGCGAUGUAGAGAACAUGGUUACUCAAGUUCAGGAGGAUUGGGAGCCGUUCGAUCCUUACGUCUUCAUCAAGCACUUGCCGCCUCUUACGCCAGCGAUGAGAGCAAGAUGUCCGGCUCUGCCACUCAAAACACGGAGCAGCCCGGAAUUCAGUCUGGUCCUGGACUUGGAUGAAACAUUGGUUCACUGCAGUCUGCAAGAACUAUCUGACGCGGCGUUUCGCUUCCCAGUAGUCUUUCAAGACGUAACGUAUACGGUAUUCGUUAGAACGCGACCGUACUUCCGCGAAUUCCUCGAACACGUCUCGUCGCUCUACGAGGUGAUCCUAUUCACGGCGAGCAAGCGGGUGUACGCCAACAAACUAAUGAAUCUACUGGAUCCAACACGGAAACUGAUCAAAUAUCGUCUAUUCAGGGAACACUGUGUCUGCGUUAAUGGAAAUUACAUAAAGGAUUUGUCCAUUUUAGGCAGGGAUCUAUCUAAAACCGUAAUUAUUGACAACAGUCCGCAAGCUUUUGGAUAUCAGCUAGAAAAUGGUAUACCUAUAGAAAGUUGGUUUGCCGAUCGUUCAGAUAACGAGCUAAUGAAGUUAUUACCGUUUUUAGAAAAUCUGGUAAAUUGGGGAGGUGACGUAAGGCCGCGCAUUAGAGAACAGUUCCGACUAUUCAGCUUUUUACCGCCGGAUUAAUUUGAAUAGUGUACACAAAAUUUAAGGUUGCUGAAAUAUCUUGCAAUCAACAAAAAAAAAAAAGAGAAAAUACAAAAUAUCUUAAAGAUACUGAGGAUAGAUAAAUAAUAAUAGUUAUUCCGCGAUGCGUAGCAUAAGCCGCUAUAAUAUAACAUUACAAUGUUUCACAAAUGAAUAUGCCUGUUGGUAUAUAGAGAUGAAAUUAUAUAAAUACUUCUAGAUCUUUGGAAUUAAUGUUCUGAUUUAUUGUUCGCAAAAAAAAAAGUAUAAAGGAAGGUGUUACAUACACACGUGCGAUUUUGUUAGUACAUUUGUUUGGACUUUAAAGUCUCAAGUUAAAAAGAAUCAAAUGUCAAGAAAAGAAUAUCACUAAACAUAGUCUUGUGAUUUACUGUAUAGUUUCUAUUAAUACUUCCAAAUGAAUACCAAGUCUCUCCAUGACGUGAUUAUAUGACCUCUGUAUAUAAUAGACUCGUAUCUCUUACGUACAAAAUAUUUCACAAUUUAUUAUCAUAACAAUACUUAAGAGCAAUAUGUAUAUAAUUGGUAAUUCAUUAUUUUUUCUGUAUCAUCAAUAUAUGAAAUUUACGACCUCAAUUUGUUAAUCUCGCGAUUUGGGAUUUUUUUAAAUAUUUAAAAUUUGAGAUAUUAAAAAUAUUAUUUAAAACUUUAUUA